AUGGGUCACUCAGGUAUGUGUGAAUGGGUGAGGCUGGGUGCAGAUGGGUGCAGAUGGGUGAACGUGUGUGUGUGGGGUGCAGGAUUGGCUGGACACUCUGCAUUGGGACGUCACUCAGGUGUGUCUGUGAGUGCGGGGCGAUGGGUGGUGAAGGCAGAUGGGUCACUCAGCAUCGUGGGGGACAGUCACCAGCACUUUCCCCCUCCCCCUCCCCAUGCCCCUCCCCCUCCCCAUGCCCCUCCCCCUCCCCAUGCCUCUCCCCCUCCCCGUGCCCCUCCCCCUCCCCAUGCCCCUCCCCCUCCCCAUGCCUCUCCCCCUCCCCCCCUCCCCCACUCCCACAGGUGGGCUUUCUACCGCUGCACAGCCCCGGAGGUUCCCCCAGCCGAGUGGAUAGCUGCGCUACACGAGAGGGGCAUUCACGAGAUCAGCAUCGUGGGGGACAGUCACCAGCGGUUUCUAGCGGCGCACCUGCACUUCCUGCUCACGGCUCAGGCUGACCCGGAUGUGAGGCGGUGGCAGGACAACCUUGUGUUUGACGCGCGGGACAGCAGUAACCGCACGCUGCGGAUUAACUUCUACUGGAUUGAUGGGAUCUACAGAAAUGGGGAGUUCGGCUGCACCCACCGCGGGCCACCGCGGGCCACCGCGGGGUCACCACCAACCGAUUGCAUGAAGAAGUGUUUUGAGACGUCUCAAAACCCCCCUCCUCCCGUCCCACUCCCCCCCCCUCUACCAGCCACCGCGGGGUCACCACCAACCGAUUGCAUGAAGAAGUGUUUUGAGACGUCUCAAAACCCCCCUCCUCCCGGCCCACUCCCCCCCCCCUCUACCAGCCACCGCGGGGUCACCACCAACCGAUUGGAGGCCUUCCCCGAAAUCUCCCCCACUGCUGACGUCACGCUCUUUGAAGGAGGCUACUGGGCAGCUUCCUUCUGCCGCCAGCCCCUCAAGGCCCUCCGAGUGCACCUCGAGGAGUUUGCUUGCUGGGCACUUGCCGCCGCGCCCGCUAAAGGCAGGGUUAUUUUCCGAACUAUCCCGUCUUUUCCGGUGGCGGGGGGCCGGUGUCAGGCGUGGUACCCCGGGCCGAGUUCUAACCGGGUGGUUGUGGCGAUUAAUGUGCUGCUGAAUCAGAUAGUGCAGGGGGGGGGAGCGCGGGGAGAACGGAGAGUGUUGGAUAAAGUGGAGGCAGGGAAACUAGGUGGGGUAAAAGAAGGGGAUGUUGGUGGGGAAGGAAGAAGAAGUGGAGGAGGGAUAGAGAAGUUGGUGUAUCUAGAUUCGAGCUUGCAGGUGCUACCGCGAGACUCUGAGGAGGAGGAAGGGGAAGGCACGGAGAGAGCAGGAGCUGAGAGCAAUGGAGCAGCGGAGAGCAAUAGAGCAGCCGAGGGAAAUACUGUAGCGGAUAUAGAAGAGGCGGAUGAGAUUGCUGCGGCUGUUGGUGCUGCAGGCGACGGUGGUGGCGGUGGUGGUGGUGGUGGUGGUGAUGGUGUUAAUGGUGGUCGUACGUCCUACUCAGAAAAGAAGCCACUACCACCAUCACCACGAGCAGCAGCAGAAGCGCCAACUGCUGAGCUGGCAGCAUUGCCAGCAGGGGCAGCAACAGUGCUGGACACGUGGCAGGUGGACGCCCCUCGGUAUGCCGACACCGCAGUGCCCAACGACCACCAUUACUCUGUGGUGAAACCCACAGACGAAGGCGCAGUGGUGGUGGGGGAUGUGGGGGAGGCUCAAGUGCGGGUCUUCAUUCAUUACCUGCUGCAUGUGCUCCCACCGCUCCAUGCGAGCGCACUCUAG